AUGUUCCGUCAAAUCUGGGUGAGCGAAAAACAUAGAGACUAUCAGAGAAUCGUAUGGAGAGAGGAUCCGUCAGAUCCUAUCAAGCACUUCCAGCUAUGCACGGUGACGUAUGGAACAUCAUGCGCACCAUUUCUAGCAGUCAGAGUGCUAGAGCAACUCGCUGCUGACCAUAAGCACGAGUUUCCGAACGCAGCAAAAAUCGUGCUGGAGGACUUCUAUGUCGACGACGUUCUCACUGGAGCAAAUAGUGAGGAUGAGCUGCUACGCAACAGAGACGAACUGGUCCAACUGAUGUCCUGUGCUAACCUGGAGCUCGGGAAGUGGGUAUCGAAUACCAAACGCAUCAAACCAAAGGAUAACACGGAUUCCUCACAAUCACCAGUCAAAGUGCUAGGGCUGCAUUGGCACCCUGGAGAGGACACAUUGUCGUACAAUGUAAACCUAUCGAAAGACCCUCGCUGCACCAAGAGGCAAGUGUUGUCGGAUGUCUCACAUGCAUCCACCAAGGCGUACUCAGCCGUGGUAUACAGCCGAGUGGUUAACGACGAUGGAACCAUUUCGGUCGCCAUACUGCAGCAGCAGUCUUUGGCGCGCCUGGAACUAUGUGGCGCACUUCUACUGAGUCAACUUCUGCAAUCCAUAAAAGCUGGACUAAUGAACAACGACGUAACGAUCUACGCAUGGAGUGAUUCGACGAUAGUCCUGUCAUGGUUAUCGUAUUUACCAGCCCAACUCAAGACGUUUGUUGGGAACCGCACUUCAGAAAUCCUCGAAACCAUUCCGAAGCAUGCAUGGCGGCAUGUAGACUCAAAAUCGAACCCAGCGGACUGCGCAUCACGUGGCUUGGGAGUAUCCGAGCUCAUUGACUUCCAAUUAUGGUGGAAGGGUCCUUCAUGGCUGAGGGACAAGGAUCAAUUCUUGGUGAAAUUGAAUAAUACUCACAACUGUGCUUCUCUUUCAGACAAACGCAUACAAGGCGAAGUCAAAAGUAACUGCCUAGCUGCGCAGACGACUGUCACGACGGACAACCCAUGGGAUAAGCUUCUCAAUCGCAACUCAUCUUGGCUGAAGCUUAUACACACACUUGCUUACGUUUUGCGCUUCAUUCAUCGCAUGAAGCACCCAUCUUCGAAACAAACAUCGAAUUCUCUAACAUUCGAUGAGAUCAAGGCAGCAAGGAUUCGAUGGCUGCAACAUGCUCAAGCUGGUUUUCAAAAGGAGUUCCAGUUAUUACGCGCAAACAAGGCUUUAGGGAACCAAUCUCAAUUAGUCAAGCUCUCACCAAUCAUCGACAAGGACAAUCUGCUAAGAGUGGGUGGACGAAUCCAACAUUCCCAGUUGUCAGCAGAGGCGAAGCAUCCUAUUUUGCUUCCAAAGAAUCAUCGGAUCACAUAUUUGAUCAUUGAACAUGAGCAUCGUUUUAAUUUGCAUCCUGGAGUCUCAUCUCUCUUCGUCAUUGUUCGACAAAGGUAUUGGAUUUUCGGCGCACGAAAUUUAAUACGCAAAAUCACGCACAACUGUCUGGCUUGCUUUCGGCAAAGGUACAACACAAUGCAUCAACGUAUGGCAGAUCUACCGAGCUUACGUAUCACGCAAGCACUUCCGUUCGUAAACACCGGAUGUGACUACGCAGGACCCAUUCUUCUAAAGGACGCAAAGGUGCGUAAACCACGCAUCAGCAAGGGCUACAUAUGCCUAUUCGUUUGUAUGGUCACUUCGGCGAUCCAUCUUGAACUCGCCACGGACCUAUCCACGGAAACAUUUCUGGCGGCGUUGCGACGAUUUUUCUCGAUACGAGGCAAAUGCAACCGCAUGUACACCGACAAUGGUACAAAUUUCAUUGGAGCGAAGCGAACCCUCGAUGAAAUGCAGCAACUCUUAAGUUCAUCUCAACAUAAAGAUCAAAUCGUGAACACCCUUGCAGACGAAGGGAUUCAAUGGACAUUCAUCCCACCACGUGCUCCGCAUUGGGGAGGAAAGUGGGAAUCUGCAGUUCGAUGCGUAAAGCUGCAUCUUCGACGAGUAAUUGGAAACACCACACUGACAUAUGAACAAAUGCGCACCUUGCUUGCGCAAAUUAGCGCUGUCGUGAACUCACGACCCCUAUGCUACACCUCAGAUACAGAUGACAGCUAUCUAUCACCAGCCCAUUUUCUAAUCGGAAGACCAUUCACGGCAAUACCGGAGGCAGAUCUUGGCCACAUUCCUGUGGGCCGACUGGGAUACUGGCAGAGUAUCCAAUCCAUGUAUCAAGGCUUCUGGAAACAAUGGCAUCAGGAGUAUCUGACAAGUCUACAGCAACGUCCUAAGUGGACCACGACAACCCCUAAUAUUUUGAUCGGCAGCGUUGUGCUCGUCAAGGAGUCCAACACACCACCAGCAUCAUGGCAUUUAGCGAAGGUGAUCGACACUUUCCAAGGAAAGGACAAUAUGGUUCGAGCAGUCAGGAUCAAGACGGCAGCACAAGAAGUGACCCGGCCAAUAACUAAAAUUGCGAAACUACCCACUUCAGAAACCGUGUUUCAGGGUGGCCCAGGAUGUUUAGGAACUAUCGAAACCUAG